ACCACCACGCCAAGUGUGGAAACUCUGUGCGGAGAGUCGCAAGGACGCACACCCGUCACACACUACUUCUUCUUCUUCUCUGUCUCCCCCUUGUUUUUGUUGCGGCUUCAUUAGACUUCCUCUUUCGAACAAAAGCAAAUUAAACGCCGGUUCAUAUCGAUAUUUGCCGGUGAACAAACCAAAUACACAAGGAUUUACUACUCAAUUCAAAACAGUAAAUAUGGCUUCUCUGGUUGGAAAUUAUCAACAUGUUAAAAAUGAGAAUCUAGAUGAGUACUUCAAAGUAAUUGGAGUGCCAUAUAUUCCUCGAAAAAUGAUGUCAAUGACAAGUCCCAGACUUGAAAUUUCUAAAGCUGAAGAUGACAAGUGGUCAAUCCGUAUAAUCACUAUGAUGAGAACAGUGGAAUUGACAUUCAAAAUAGGAGAAGAGUUUGAAGAAUCAAUGCCUGCAGGAGUUACUUUAAAAAAUGUAGCAUCUUUGGAGGAAGAUGGAAGUUUGGUGAUUAAAUCUGAGGGACCAAACAACACUAAAGUAACGAGGAAGUAUGACCUCCAAGAUGAUCAAAUAAUUUUGACUAUGACUCACGAAGAAAGUGGAAUUGCAGCCAAGCGAUAUUUCCAGAAAAUCCCUUAAAAAUUACAUCACACGUUACCCCUAUGAUAAACUACAUUCUUUAAACGCACAAAAUGGAUUUCAAAUCAUUCAGUGAUUUUUGAAUCCAUUACAAUUUAAUAUUAUCAAGCUUUGCUAAAAAAAAAAAAAAAAUUUACGACAAAAUGAUUUACAAGUUCGAUAUUAGAAAUUUCUAAUUUUUUUAUAU